AUGAACAUGGAAAUGGAUGCACCUCUCCUCCGUCCCUCAACCUCAACCUCGACACAGACCUCCUUGACUUAUUCUUCCACCACCAGCUCCACCCACCGCAGCUUCAAUUUCAACCGGAACAGACCCCUCUCCACAUCAAACUCAUACACUUCAUCCCACACCCUCUCGUCUCAUACCCUUUCUCCUCCUCGUUCCAACUCCCCAAGUACCCUCUCACGCACGCGAUCUCUCUGCGCGAAAUUCAACACCGAAGUGCAGUUUAUGAAAAUGAAGUUGUCGACGCGGGGAAAGAAGGAGAAGGGGAAGGGGAAGGGGAGAUGGGUUAGGGUUGAAGGGGAGGGAGAGAGUGAGAGGAGGGUGGAGAUGGUGUGGAGGAGGUUGGAUGGGGGGCAGGGAAGUAAAUGCAGUGAUGCGAUGGGAAUUGUGGGGAUGAGGAUUAGUAUUUUACCAUCUGAGAUGGAACGUCACAGCGAUGGCAGUCCCUCCUUCGGUAAUCAUGGGUUUCCCGAGUGUAUCCAAGGCUCAAGAAUGAUGGAUGUUGCAAUUUUCAUUAUUGCAACGGGAGAACCGAUGUCAGUGUCAUUACUGUUAGCUUCCAGGAGAGAAAUCUGCGGGGCAAGAACUCUGACAGUAUCCCAAAUGGAUUGA